AGCAAUGAAGACAGUCGUGGCAGCAGUGUUCGCAGCAGCUCUGGUCAGCUCGGUUUUAGGUCUGGAUAACGUUUACCAGAAUCUACACGAGUCAAUGACCAAAGAUGAAAUCGACUACUAUUUUGGAGUGUCCGACUCGGUGGAUGUACCCGAAUACGAUAUCGUCACGUUAACCAAUCCGGCCGAUCGUCCCGACUGUUCGUUUUUGGCUUUUGGAAGAUCUGUUCGUUUAUACCUAGAACCGAAUGAUCGUUUGAUUAGCGAUAAUUUCCAGUGGACAAUAAGAGACGGCGGCGAGGAAUUGGUCGAGUUGAAUAGGAAAUCUCCAAAAAGGUGUCACUACAUGCAUCGAACACGGGAUAACUAUGAAGAUGUUGCAGCGGCUUUUACAUACUGUCCGGGCAGUUCCAAAAGCGGUAUUGUUUUCUUACCAGACGUCACGUUCGAAUUGCAAUCGGUUACUCCGAGGUUGUGUAAGUAUCGGUGCGGUUAUGGCAACGAAAAUGCAUUCAUUUUGAAACGAGCGCCGACGGUAAAUCACACGUGGACCGACGGAUUCGACACACUGCCGUCGAAGGAACACCGCGUUUCCGUUUCGCCGGAUCUUUUUAAGGAACAAUCGAAAUCCCACGACAAGUCCGACCGAGCCAGUGCCGUUUUGGAAACGGCUCUAUUUUUCGACGAGUCGGCUUACAAGACCUUCUCGCCUUACUUCAAGCACGACGACGAACAGCUGGUCGACAUGAUUCUAGCAUACGUCAACGCCGUGCAAGCGUUGUACCAUCAUCCGAGUCUGGGCCAAAGACUCGAUAUCGUGAUGACAAAACUUGAAAUAUUCAAAAAACAACCGGUCGACUUGCCUCAUCAUGACGGGGAAAGGAAUUUGCUGUUGGAUUCGUUCUGCUCGUUUAAUAAGAAAUACCGGAAAAACGACCAAUGGGACAUAGGACUAUACAUUUCCGGCUUAGAUUUUUACUCGAUCGAAAACGGUCAAUGGACUGGUUCUACAAUGGGUUUAGCAACUGUCGGUGGCGUUUGCUCUGAAAAAUAUUCAUGCAUCAUAGCUGAAUUUGGCUCCACAAACGUUCUGGGCAAACCUUAUCCGUCGGCUGGCUUCACGUCUGUUUAUAUUUUAGCCCACGAAAUCGGUCACAGUCUAGGUAUGCACCACGACGGAAGCUCGAACAACUGUCCGACAGAAGGAUUUAUUAUGUCACCUUCGAGGGGAAUGACCGGCGAGCUACUUUGGUCGGAUUGCAGUGCUCAAGUGGCUUCAAGUUUUCAUAAGCUUGACUGUCUUUUCAAAACCAACAAACACCGUUCUGGCGAACUCGUCAAGUUGGACCACGGUAAAUAUGCCGACAAACCCGGCCAAGCUUGGGAUGCAAAAAAACAAUGCGAAUUGCUUCUGUUGGACAGCGAUGCCAAAGUAAAGAAUACAGAAACAACAUCACCGGGAUCGUCUAAGACGCAAUCAGAGGAUGUUUGCGAAAAUUUACAAUGCGAAACGCCAAACCGCCUUGGAUAUUAUUUUGCUGGUCCGGCGUUGGAAGGGACUACUUGCGGACCGAACUCAUGGUGUGUAGCGGGAAAAUGUGUCAAAGGCAAACCGAAAAAACCGAAAAAGAUCAUAAGGGGUGGUUGGGGACCGUGGAAGGUUCACGAGUGCACUUCGGGGUGUAUUCAUAAAUCCAAAGGUUUCAGACUGAGAACGAGGAAAUGCGACGACCCGGCGCCCAUAAACACGGACGAAGGUUGCGAAGGACCCAAACAAGAAACCGUCAUCUGCAAAGACGACAAGGUGUGUAAAAAAUCGCAAAAAAUGCUAGUCACCGAAUACGCGACCGGCAAGUGUAAGGAAUUCGGAGACGUGUUGCCGAUGCUCGACGAACAGUACUCUGGUUUGCAAGCACCUCACGAAGAAGCUAGACCUUGGAUGGGGUGUUCGAUAUUCUGCCGUCGUAAGGAUACCGGUUCGUAUUACACACCUAAGCUCGAUGUGGCCGAUUUACCACUAGAUCCAUACUUGCCAGAUGGAACUUGGUGUCAUUUCGCCAACAAUAUCAACUACUAUUGUUUAAAUCACGUUUGUACGGCAGAGAACGAUAUGAAACGGUCGGGCAAGAGUGCAUUUGACACGGGCCGUGAUGUGCCAAUGAUCAAUCAAAAUGCCAAACCUCCAGGACCCUACAGCGUACCGGAAGUGCUAUUGCGGUAUUUGAGUGUGAACCCAGAUGGUACACCUCUGCUGACCACUAUCAGACCGGAAGCGGGAGACCAGCUACACCGGCCGGGGCAAUGGUCCGGUAAAGAUUACAUAGAUAUGCCCACCGGAGAGUUACUGUUUGCAGACUACAACACAUUGUGAACAUUCAAAUUGCUUCUAAAAAGAACCGAGUCCAGUAAACACCUUGUAUAACGAGAGCGGAUCUAUCCAGCAUCUAUCUACGGUUGGGGCACUUAACAUAUGGGCCAAGCCAAGGGGCUAGAAAUGGCUUAGACCCCUUCAAAACUAGCUCUUCAACACAU